CCGCCGGAGUGGGCGGGGCCUGUUCCCCCCGCUUCCCAGCGCUGCCUCGCGCGGGGCCCGGCCAGGCCGCGCGGCGGGCGGGAUGGCGGUGGCGGUGCGCGCGCUGCAGGAGCAGCUGGAGAAAGCCAAGGAAAGCCUCAAGCACGUGGACGAGAAUAUCCGCAAGCUCACGGGCCGGGACCCCAAUGAUGUGAGGCCCCCUCAAAACAGGCUGUUAGCCCUCACAGGCCCCGGUGGAGGUAGAGGGCGUGGGAGCUUAUUGCUAAGGCGUGGAUUCUCGGAUAGUGGAGGAGGACCCCCAGCCAAACAGAGGGAUCUUGAAGGUGCAUCCAGUAGGCUGGGUGGAGAACGACGGACAAGAAGAGAAUCACGCCAAGAAAGCGACGCAGAGGAUGACGAUAUUAAAAAGCCAGCGUUGCCAUCUUCUGUUGUUGCUACCUCCAAAGAACGAACACGUCGAGACCUUAUACAAGAUCAAAAUAUGGAUGAGAAAGGAAAACAAAGGAAUCGACGUAUAUUUGGCUUGUUGAUGGGCACUCUUCAAAAAUUUAAACAGGAGUCCACGGUUGCUAUUGCUACUGAGAGGCAAAAAAGACGACAAGAAAUUGAACAAAAACUUGAAGUGCAGGCAGAGGAAGAGAGAAAGCAAGUUGAAAAUGAGAGGCGAGAACUGUUUGAGGAAAGACGUGCUAAACAGACAGAGCUGCGGUUAUUGGAGCAAAAGGUUGAGCUUGCUCAGUUGCAAGAAGAAUGGAAUGAACAUAACGCUAAAAUAAUUAAAUACAUAAGAACAAAGACAAAACCUCAUUUAUUCUACAUACCUGGCAGAAUGUGUCCUGCUACGCAGAAGCUGAUGGAAGAGUCACAGAAAAAGAUGAAUGCCCUCUUUGAAAGCAGGAGAAAUGAAUUUGCAGAGCAGAUUAACAAAAUGGAGGCCAGGCCCAGAAGACAAUCUGUGAAGGAAAAAGAACAUCAGGAGGUGCAGAAUGAAGAAAAGAAGGAAGAACAGAACAAGGAGCAGGAAGAGGGUAAGGUGGCUCAGCAGGUGGAAGAGAUGGAGACAGGUAAUCAGCACAAUGAUGUAGAAAUGGAGGAGGUAGGUGAGGAAAAGGGAAAAAUAGGUUCAGGUUCAGGGCAUAGCGAUGCAGAAAAAGAACAGGAAGAGGAUGAGCAGAAACAUGACACGGAGAUGAAAGCAGAAGAGCCUACUGAGGUGAGAGAGAAUGACAAGCAGCAUGAUGGUCAGCAUGAGGAAGUCACAGUUGUAAAAGAGGAAAGUGAAAACAUUCAGCCAGUGGAUAAUGAACAGGAUGUGGCUGAAAUGAAUGAGGCAGAUAGUGUAGAACCUGUAGAAAAUGAAAAUAGUAAAGAAAUAGAACCAGAAACAGAGUGUGAUGCUCAGCCAGAAAAAGUGUGUAAUGUUCCUUCUCCCAAGAAGGAGAAAGGUAUCAAAACAGAAAAUAAAGCUGAACUUGAGGAAACACAGGAGAAAACACCUGAAGCUCAGACAGAAUCUGUGGCUGAGGCUCUGUCUCAGCCACAGUCUGUGCCACUAGCGCAGUCGCCUCAGUUGUCUCAGUCCACUCAGGAUACAGAGCCCCAGACAGACAAGGAUGAAAAUGCUGUGGUGUCUGUAAAGGUGGUAGAAGCCCAGGCAGAGCAGAAUCAGACACCGAGUGCAGAAAGUAAGAGUAAGAUUAGGAGUAGAAGCAGGGGUAGGGCAGGGAACAAAACUGGUCAUAACCGUAGCAGCAGCAGUAGCAGCAGUAGCACUUCAAGCAGUACUACCAGUGCAAGUAGCUCCAGUACUGGCAGCAGCAGCAGUCGGAGCAGUUCCACCAGCAGCAGCACUACAAGUGGGAGUACGAGCAGGGACAGCAGCAGCAGCAGCUCUAGCAGUAGUGAAAGCAGAAGCCGAAGCCGAGGCAGAGGGCAUAACAGAGAUAGAAAACGCAGGAGGAGCACAGACAGGAAGCGAAGGGAUGCUUCAGGAGUAGAUAGAAGUCACAAGUCCUCAAAAGGUGGUAGUAGAGAUACCAAAAGCUCAAAGGAUAAAAGUUCGAGGUCUGACAGAAAGAGAUCUAUAUCAGAAAGUAGUCGGUCAGGCAAGAGAACUUCACGGAGUGAAAGAGACCGUAAAUCAGACAGGAAAGACAAAAGGCGUUAACAGAAGAGACCAAGCUUCCUUAGCCUAAUCUUUGCAGCAGAAGAUUAUUUGAGUGAAAGGAUUCCUUGUAAGGAGGAAGAGAAGGCUGCCUUAAGAAUUGCAUGCUGUAAAAAAUCUUUUGGAAAAAUGCAGACUGUUUACCAGGCAUUCUUGUACUUUUUACAUAAUUUUGUAAAAGGUUACUUACCAAAAUUAUGUGAAGUUCCUGAAAAUGUAAAAAUAAAAGAUUAACACUCCUUUGCAUCUUUUUUUUAAAUAUCCUGUACUCAUUAAGAUCCUCUGUAUAUUUUAAUAGGUAAACCUUUAAAGUAGAUGUGAUCAUUUCUUCUGUAUCAUACACUUUUUUUUUGUAGAAAUAAAUGUGCAUUUUAAAUAAAUUGUUUGAGAUGUCCUGUUGACGUUUAAAUUCCCCAUUUUAGAUUAUAUGUAGGAAGGCAGUAUUCCUUGCAAGAAUGGGAAUUUUAAGACUUAGUAAAGCAAAUAAUCUCCAGUGCUAGGUAGGAAGGCAGAGUAAUUAUUUGAAUCUAUACUUUUUGUUUUCUUCUGUAACCACAAGCUCUUAGUCAAUUCUGUCUAUCCUUCAGUUUUAUAAAAAUUUCCUAUCCAUAGGCAAGCAGUGAUUAAAUGGGAAUGUUAACACUGGCCAAGGUAGCUCAAGUCAGUCUGGAAAACCACUCUUCACCUGCUUUCUGCAGGAGCUUUGGUAGUAUUUACAUCUGUGUUCUAGAUGUAGUUAAUCUGUUCAGUGACGAUCCUUGUUUUAGUGGCCAGUGGAAGAAAGACUUCAGCUUGCUUGUCAGCCAGGAUUCUUUUUGUUUUAGUUGCAGACUAAUCUUUGAUCCCUUCAUACCACUAGGAAUAAUUACAUUGCAGUGUUGGAGUUACCUGGGACUACCUAAUACUAAUGUUGUGUGCGUGCAAGAAUGCUUUCUGAAUGUAUUUAAUAAAACUUCAGGUGGUGUAGUGUUAUCGAUGAAGGUGAAUACUGGUUUUAUAUAAUUUUGUAUGGAAAACAAUAACAUCUGUUGCUUUGUUCUGUACAAGUGCAAAUAAAUGUUGCUUUGUAGACUA